AUGCGCUUGUUCGGUAUCCCGAAGCGUGAGGAAGGCGAGCCGUUGGAGGCUCCAGAACCACAGACUCAGGAUUCUGCAAGAUCGGCUCGUUCAGGUGAGUCCCCUAGCCAGUCAUCGAAUGGAGGGGACAACCAGUCCUUUGGUCAAAUGAAGCUCGUCAUCAAAAACACCUUCAUAGGUGGCUAUGAAGAGAACCAAGAUGAGGAUCCGCCACGAACACUCGCGCGGUCAGCAAGUGACAGCAAGCUCGAUUGUACAUCCAGUGCCAGCUCAGUGCUGUUCUGGUAUCCGCAGCACCCUGGCCUCGACUUCAGCCCUGACACAUGCCAGCCUGAUUUCAUUGAGCUGCUGACGUGUGCUAGGGACAUGAAAAAAGGAGGGAGAGAGGGAGAGACGGGCAGAGAGGGGCAGAGAGGGAGAGAGGGAGAGAGGGAGAGAGGGAGAGAUGGGAUAGGGCGAGAGGAAGAGAGGGAGAGAGGAGAGGAGGAUAGGGGAGGGAGGAGAGAGGGAGGAGGGAGAAGGAGAGAGGGAGAGAGGUGA